CUAUCCGAACAAGGCGGUCUAAUGGCUCAAGUGCUGAUGCAACUUUUGAUGGGAUAUUGAAAUGCUUUUCAAAUGAAAACAGCGCAAAAGGAAUCAUUAAGAAAAUGAGGCCAGACGUCACUCAAUUGCUUUUAGCGCAUGGCUUUCAGGCUUUCUUGUCCUUGUCCUCGAAACAUUCAGUUGAAGAUGCCUCUGAUAGCAAGCAGGAUGUCAGAGGCAGCUCUAUUAUGGAAAUAUGUGAGAAUGUAGUGUCUGCUUUUGCUUGUUUCAGAAAGGAAGACAAGCAGUUUACCUUUUCGACUUUCAGUAGAGAAGCACUAUUCACGGCCGCAAGUGUACUGUCAACAGGAGCCCGUUCAUGAAUUAUUGUUUGUACAUCAAAAGUCUCAAAUUUGCUGGCCAACACUACAGAUAUAGGAAUAUGUUUUGUAAGGAUAUGUCAAUGUCAAAAGUGGUUUGAAUCAUAAUUAUAUGAGCUUUUUGUUUCGCUGAAAAAUGGUUUGAAUCAUAAUAGUUGGUGAUUAUGAUUAAAGUUUCUCUGUGAUGCCUUC